AGGUAUUCCUCCGGAUCAGCAACGUUUGAUAUUUGCCGGCAAACAACUUGAAGAUGGCCGUACUUUGUCAGAUUACAACAUUCAAAAAGAAUCUACCCUCCACUUGGUUCUUAGACUGAGAGGUGGUGCUAAGAAACGUAAGAAGAAGAAUUAUUCUACACCAAAAAAGAUCAAGCACAAGAAAAGGAAGAUUAAGUUGGCUGUGUUGAAAUUUUACAAAGUUGAUGAAAAUGGUAAGGUUAUCCGUUUGAAGAAAGAAUGUACUUCUGAAAAUUGUGGUCCCGGAGUAUUCAUGGCUGACAUGCCAAACAGGCAUUAUUGUGGAAAAUGUUCAGCUACUGUUCCAAAGUAGAGAUGACCCCUGUAUAUUUUAAAUACAUAAUAUAAAACUUUAAAAAAAAUGUUUUAACAUUGAUUACCUAUUCCGAAUACAAAUCUUUAUCCGUAUAAUAAUUUUUAAAUCACUAAUAAUAGUGUCAAUUAAGUUGUAAUUUUUUUGGUAAUAAUAUGCUUCUAAUGCGUUGUCUGAUGUAACUUAAUAACUUAACAUGUUAACUGUAAUAACGAUAUCAACUAUUACUAGGUACAUCAAAAUAUGUAUGACAAAUAUUUAUAUCAAUAGAAUAUUUGGUAGUUAGUUACUUAAAUAAUUAUUUAUUAUUCAAUAUGAAUCCAUAGCCCUUAGGUGCAUGCCAACUACAUGUCUACAUACCCUCAAUGCUCUUUUUAGUGUGAAUACUAUUUGUAAUUUUCACAUAUUUUUCUUUGAAUGGACUUUCAAUAAUUUACACUAAAAUAAAAUAUUACAAAUCGUUAAUAUAUUAAUUUCAUAAUAUUGUUAGUUUAUAAUUAUGUCACUUUAAAUAUGUUAUUGAAACAUUACUUGAUUAACAUGGUUCUCCUUGGUAAUAAUAGAUUCAUUUUUUUUUAUUGGUAAAUACUAAAAUGUGUGUUUUACCAAUGUUAUUUCACUAAAGUGUACCUUAUGUUAACUUGAGUUAUACUUAAAAUAAUAAAUACUGUUUGCAUACUAAC